GACUAUGGCGUCUUCCGCUGGCGGAAGCGCCCAUGUCGUCGGCAACAGGGACGGCACCGGCCAGAACGGAUCUUCGUCUUCGACAGCAACGGCGGCCGCACCCGCCGCUGGCAACUCGGCACAACAGAACGCUCCAGACACGGCCUCUAUGCUCCGGCAAUGGCAGGAGUCUCUCGCACGGCCUCGUAUUGCGGUCAAUAUCAUCACUAUCCCACUACCGACUUUCUGUGGCUGGGGCGUCCACCAAAGACAAGUUAUUCGAUCCCUGCACAGUGCUUCCAUUGGCAGAGCUGUAGAGUAUUGUCAUGAUGGAACGCGAAACGAGUGCGUCUACCUGGGCCCCCUCGCCGAGUUCUUGGCCGCAGGAUGGGCAAUCUACCAGGUCCCAAACCAGAUCAUGCCCACUGUGGUGCAAUCCGUCACUCUGCCCUCCUUCCCACCGCCAGUCCCUACAGUCCCUGCGACAACAGCCUUGUCUGCAUCGCCGUCGCCGGCAGUCUCCCUCUCGACUGGACCCAGUCGUCUGUCAUCGCAGGCUCACGCAGCAGUCACUCAGCCUGGCACUCUGCAGGGUGCCAAUGGCGACGCUUCCGUGGGCCAAGAAGCUGGUGGGACUCCAGAGCCUCGGGCCAAGAAGCUGAAGCAGUCCAAGAAGGAAGGCAAGACUCCCCGCCCGCCCAACAGCUGGAUUCUAUAUAGAGCGUACAGGUGUGCAGACUUUGCCAAGCGGUUCCCCAAGUCAACGAACAUUGAACUAUCUUCUCUCAUCGCCGAGGAGUGGAAGGCCAAUCCUGUGCAUGGCAAGCCAUACUGGCAGCAGAAAGCUCGAGAGGCGCGUGACGAGCACAGCAAACUCAAUCCAGGUUAUCGCUACGCGCCGACUUCAAAACGGUCCGCCAAGGAGCCUGUCGUCAAGCAGCCUCCACAGUCCCAAACUUUGAUGGAGGCUGACCAGACCUCGAUCGUGGACGCCAGUCAUCUCACCACAGAUGUUGAACCAUUUCAGAGUAAUCCUGGCUCCCCUGCGCUUUCUACUUUUCAGCCUGCCUCUUCAUCCACCAAGUCCGAGCCUGACCACGGGGCAACGCUACCUUCAAGCUUGGAUCAGGCUCCUGCUGCAAAGAUACCCGACGUCCCGGCGGCGCAGUACAUCCCGGAAGGUGCUGCCGAUGCAUCACAAUCCUCUGAGUAUGAGGACUUCAACUUUGAUCAGAUCCAUGCCUACUUGGCAGCCAGUCCAAUCAACCUGCCCAUGGAGCCCGAUUUCGGUCCUGCACCACAGUCCAAGGUUGCCGCAACCGGUCCAGAGCCCACCAUCGAUCAGGACCAAGUCAUCUUCAGCAACCUGCCCGAUGGCCCACUUGACCUGGGACUCCCCGAGGAUGCCACCGCACCAAUCAGUACGCUUGACCAGAUGCAGGCUUUCGUCUUCAGCCAGGACGCGAGCUUCCCAUCAUCACCUGCCGCCGCCACGACGAUGCCUACCGCGGACAUCCAAGACCCCCUGCCGGCACCCGCGCCGGUUCUGUCCACACCUGUCCCUGGUCCCAGUCACGACUCCUCCUCGUUCUCGUUCGACUUCCCCAGCGAGGACGUCGACGAUGGCGACUUCAAGUACGAGGAUUACCUGAACGCGGACGUCUUGCAGGACCUCCCCGGCGACUUCCCCACGGACUUUUCCGGCUUCACCCCGUUCUGACCGGCUCGGGCCGCGGCAUCCACACACACACUCUCUCUGGGACACGGUUCUUGAUUCUUUGUUCAUCAUUUGUUAUUGUUCUCAUCAGUGUCAUUAUACUUUUCUUUUGUUGUUUUUGAUUUUGAUUUUUCCCUCCCCUUGCACUCGGAGGGAACAGGUCAUUUCAUGAUUAAGAGACAGCAGUAUUUCAUAGUGUUUUCUUCCGGGAAGUGAAUGUCAGGCAAUGGGUCGAGGCAAGACUUUAUCCCGUGCCCACGAAAGGAACCAGGACUACACGACGAUUACACCA